AUGGUGAAGCUGAGCAAAGAGGCCAAGCAGAGGCUGCAGCAGCUCUUCGAGGGGGGUCAGUUUGCCAUCGGCUGGGGUUUUAUCCCUCUUGCAAUUUACCUGGGGUUUAAGAGAGGUGCAUAUCCUGGAAUGCCCGAACCAACUGUUCUGAGCCUGCUUUGGGGAUAA